CUGUAAAGAGGAAGACAAGGACGUUGCAAGCCUCGAGCUCCCGCACGAGCCUCGUCCUUCCACAAGAAGUCGUGCCGCGCCUCUUCCGAGGACGUUGUUCACUUUGCCCAAGCUCUUUUCGCUCGUCCUCGCUGCUUUGCCGGUGACCUGCGAGCCGAACGUCCGCCAUGAAUAAGGUCAAGACCGGUGUGGUCAAGGUGGUGCAGGUGGGCUACAAGUUGGACGAGACGGCGCACGCCCUUCCGGCCCUCCGCAUGGCGCUGGGAUACGCAUUUUCCUGCUUCUUCAUGAUCAUGGCCGUUGCCUCGAAAUUGGCGCACGUGCAGUGCAUGUUCGUGGUUGCCACCAUGGUGACACUGUUCGUGCUCGAGCCGAUCCCGUACCAGUGCUCGUGCAUGCUGCCGCUCUUCCUGUUCCCAAUAUCUCGCCUGCUCGUGGCCCACAAGCUCUUCGGCGUCUACAUGAACGACGAGAUCCUGCGCUCCAUCUCCUCCGUGCUGGUUGGUCUGAUCGCGCUCAAGUCACCGCUGAGCCGGCGCCUGUGCUUGUGGUUUCUGUGCGUGACGGGAGUGCGCGUGGGCCGCGUCCUUCUCAGCGUCAUGCUGCUUGUGUUCCUCGUGUCCAUGCUGGUGGACGCCACGAUGACCACGGGCAUUCUGGCCGGCUUCGUGGAUCCGCUCAUCUUCGAAAUCUACGCGAACAACCUACGCAUUCGAUACGCAGAGCACGUCCGAGCCGGUCACAAGGAAGCGGACGCCACCCUGACCGAGGUGGACUUCGUGUUCAAGGACCCGGCCAAGCAGCGCCGCGUGGUGGCCGGUGAGGCGCGCAUGGACGAUACCGUGGAGGAAAUCUCGCAGGAGGCCGAGCCAAUGUUCGCCGUCGACACGGAGGGAAACGUCCAACAGAUUGCCAUGGUCGUCGAUCGAGACGAGGGCCAAGGACCUGCAGAUCUGGAGGCCCAACUUGCGGAGAACCCGCAGAGGCGUCGAGAGCAGGUGUCCGAGGCGUUGCGCUCAUAUGGUAUUGACCUGCAGAAGAUGGGACUGAAGCUUGAGCUCCAGGAUACCACCAUAGACGGAAAGUCCGCAUCUACGAAUGUUUCCGUUACGACGGACGGCGAAAAUCGGAGCACCGACACCCAUUUAAGCUUGGUCACCCAGAAAAGCGAGCCCGGUGGAAAAAGUGAGGGACGCAGAAGAGAGAGCGACAGAAGCAAAGUCAACAGAAAGCUCCAAGACAACGGGAAAAAAAGCACUGGACCUAAGACCAAGGCUAACCAGAAACAUAGAGCGAGCAAGAAGGAAGACCUCACCGACAAUAGUAGGGGCAGCGACGGUGAAACAAGCAAUUCCUACAGGACGCCGGAAGGACCACAUAGUCCGUCGGACGACGAUACAGCAGUGGGCAGCAAAAAGUUGUGGCAGCAGCGUGACGGAGCAAAACUUGCGACCGCAGUUUCCGGUAAAAGGAGACCGUCCAAAACGCAUGACGGCAUGCUUGCGAAAGGAUCCAGAGGGAGCCGCCAUCCAGAGGAGAAGGACGAAUCCACCGGCGAUGUUUCUUUCUCGCCAAAGAGCCACAGCAUACAGGAGACUAAGAGCUUCAGCAAGAACACCUCGAAUGCGGGAUCGCCACAGUAUCAAGUCCAUUUCUCGCACGUGAUCCAUUGCGCACCGCCCGUUGCCACUGCUUCUACCAGUACCGCGGCGGAUACGGGAUCAGCAUUCAGCAGUCGUUUUGUGGAAGAAAGAGUAUCGUGCUUUCAUUUCAUUGAAGAGCGACAAACGGAGUGCCAGCAGCGGCGUCCUGUCGCCUCUUACGGAAUGCGCCGAGACUCGAGCAUCUCGCAAUGGAGCACGGCGGCUGUGAUUGGCACGAGCACGGGCAGUGGCGAAGCCAUCGUGACCGAGACGCACCCUUCGAGACCUCUCUGCCAGACGCUCGAAGGACCAGGUGUCGCCGAGACAUUCUUCGGUGUGCCGGAUAGCAAGGACUUUGUCUUGGACUUCGGCGGCCGCCUUUCCGGCAGCCAGCAGCACCGUAGCCGUCGUCGCAAAGAUGCUUUGAGGGCUAAGCGAAUGCUGCUCCGCCGCAAGCGCAAAUCGACGGACCUGCCAAGAGAGGCCGCUCGGGUCGAAGACGAAGCUUGCGUGCUACCUCUCGCAGACCACAACGUCCAUCUUGGAGGCGACACGGGCGAGAAGGCCGGGCGACCGCCUCUCGGCAAGGCCUGGGUAGACAGGGUGGACGAGACGUCAAGGCAUAACCCGCUUUUGGCAACUGACGUCUCGUUUCGACUCAGGCGCGCGUGGUCCAAACCGGGGCUUGUGUGGCAACUGAGCAGAUUCUGCGCCGAACGGGGCGACAGUCUGCGAAACCUCUUGUUCGCUCGGCACGAGCAGGUUGCCGUCGCGGAAACUGCGCGCCCUGACCAAAGUGAAUCGGGGAAGCCUAAGAAGCAGAGAGACGCCAGAUCCUUGAGCGAGGACAAUGAGAGAAGCCCCAAGGGUGAGAGCGACAGAAGCCCAGAAAAGCAACACGAGUCUUCCGGUCAACAAAGCGCUGAUCCGGGAGGUGACGAUGAAGAUGAUCAACCGGGAGGCCACGAGGGGCCUGCAGAUACUUCUCGCUUUGCGAAUGCCGUCGGAGAAGGUGGCCACGCUCAAGUCAACAAGACCCACAAGCAUGGAGGUCGAGCGCGGGAGCUUGAAGCAAUAAUCAUGGAGGAAAAAGAAAAAGCAAAAGACCUCAGAGCGGCUGUGCUACUGGCCCUGACGUACGGCGCCAGUUUCGGGGCCGCUGCCGUGUACGGAGCGUCAAGCGCUAACGUCUACAUGAAAAAGUACAUAGAAAUGAACGUCAAAGUGCCGAACGUCACCCUGGACGUCUACAUGUGGCUUCUAGUACACGUCCCGUUCUGCUUAGCGCUCAUGGUCAUCGCCGCCAGAAUCAUUUAUUACGUCCACACUCGGAACUACGACAUCACUGAGACUGCCACCGCCCCCAAGAGCAACGUCGUCAUUCGGGACCGACUGCACAUCAUGGGACAUGUCAGCUACGGCGAGUACAUCGCCGCCUUCCUUGUUGGCACGGCCAUGGUCCUACUGAUUUUUCGGGAGCCUACAUUCAUGAGCACCGGAUGGGGAGAUUGGCUCGGUAUUGAAAGGGAGGUGACGGACGCAUCGGUUGGCAUCAUCGUGGGUAUGCUGGCCUUUCUUUUUCCCGCGGACAUCCUCCCCGAGGCUCACCAGACGCAGAUCAUCGAGUGGGCCGACAUGCUUAAGCGACUUCCCUGGGGCGUCAUCUUCAUCCUGGGCAGUUCCUCCACCAUCUCCACGGCAAUAGAGAAUAACGGCGUAUACAAGGUGCUCGAGGACAAGCUGUUCAACCUCACCAUGCCGCCUUUCUACCACCACUACAUCUCGGUGCUGAUUAUGGGCUGCUUCGGUGAGCUGACCACAUUCAAGAGCCGGCUACGCCACUUCACCAGGAUCGGAUACAGGAUAUCGCGCAAGCUGCAUCGAGAGCCUCACUUGUUCCUACUUCCGGUGAGCGUGGUGUGCCAGCUGAGCCUCAUCCUCCCGUCGGCGAGCCCAAACAACGCUAUGGCCUUUGAGUUGGGCAGCAUGACUUCGCUUCAAAUGUGUUGCAGCCCCAGAAGGUUGGUCGGAUGGUUGGUUGGCUGGUCCUUCCUUAAUGAAAUGGCGCAACCGACACUGGAGUGAGGACCGGAACUUGGGCGAUACAGGAUCAAGAAAAAAAAAAGCUUGAAGAAAAUGCUCGAGGAAAUAAUAUUGAGGAAAAUAAAGGACCGGGAAAGUCUCAGUUCUUCCUGUCAUUUUAUUUGCACAUGUGUCGUUUCCUCUCCUUCGGAAAAAUCCGCUAGGAACCGCUUCAACAAGAGGACUUCAGAUAUAGGGCGUUUAAUGCCUACGAUAUUUUUUUAAGCGAAGCGUACUUUUC